AUGUUGAUCUUCCCUACAACGAUCGUAUUCGUUACUUUUGCCGUCAUUGUUAGUGGACAAAAGUUAGAACACAUUGAGAACGGUAAAAUAUGUACAGGCUGGCAAGCGGUUACGGGAACAUCAGUUUCUGUUGAUUCGUCCGUAUGUUCCGGUGCUAUCAACUAUGAACUCACUAAACCUGCUGGUACAUAUGCAGUUCGUUUUUGUUGCCCAUAUGGAGCUACGACUCUAAGACCUAUUGGACCAGCCCAAGCUGGAUGCGGUCGUGCAGCGGUUGCUCCUUUACGUACACGAAUUGUCGGUGGUCAAGAAGCAACACCACACUCUUGGCCUUGGCUUGUUUCUAUUCAAUAUUAUGGAAGCCAUUUCUGUGGUGGUACUUUAAUUGAUUCACAACAUGUUUUAACUGCUGCUCAUUGUCUUCAAGAUAAAACAAUGUUCAAUGCCGGUUUAACUGUUGUAGCUGGUCUUCAUGCACGAAGCAAAGCAAAUCUACCUGAAGUUCAACGUAAAUCUGUUGCGACCGUAUUGAAUCAUGCUGCCUAUAAUGACGAUACAAAUGAAAACGAUGUUGCUAUUAUCCGUUUAGCUUCGCCUGUUAAAAUCGAUAGUUACGUCAAUGUAGUUUGCCUUCCAGAAAGAGAUCCUGUUGUAAACGACAAUGUCAUGGUUGUCGGCUGGGGUACAACAUCAUUUGGAGGUAGUUCACCAGAUUCACUUCAUCAAGCUGGUGUUGUAAUUAUGGAUUUAUGUGAACAGGUCUACUUUUAUGAUGAUAACAAACAAUUAUGUGCCGGUAACCAUCAAUAUACAAAAGACUCUUGUCAAGGGGAUUCAGGUGGUCCACUUAUGUAUGAAGUCGAUGGUAAAUGGAUACUCAGCGGUGUUGUUAGCUUCGGUGAUGAAUGUGCUAAACUCGAUCGUCCAGGCGUUUAUGCUCGUGUUAGCCACUAUUUGCCAUGGAUUCAAAAUGCAAUUUCUAGUUUAUCGGGAAAAUAA